AUGUUUACAGUGUUAACGAUAAUUUCGGGAGCAGUCAUUCUCACUCUGAACUGUGUGAUGUGUCUGGACAAUGGGUUGGCUAGAACACCACCAAUGGGAUGGAGCACAGUUUAUGCACUCGGCUGUCGGGUGGAUUGUCAAAGGUAUCCAAACAACUGUCUUAAUGAGGAUGCAAUCAAACGAACAGCUGAUAAACUUGUAUCGGAUGGUUGGCGAGACUUGGGUUAUAAAUAUGUGAUACUUGAUGAUUGUUGGUUAGCAAAACAACGUGAUCCGAAAACAAAUAGCCUUAUGGCAGAUCCUUCAAGAUUUCCAAGUCGUUCUACUUUUAUAGUUCGUAUAUAUUUAAACUCCGAAAAAAUAUUUCGUUUCCAGGGUAUUGAGUGCAUUGCAAAAUAUCUGCACUCCAAAAACCUUCUACUCGGUGUAACUCUUAGUUACGGGGCCAUGACAUGUGCUCGUUAUCCUGGAAGUAUAAAUCAUUUAGAAUUGGAUGCAAAAACAGUGGCUGACUGGGGAGUGGAUUAUGUGAAGAUGCUUGCCUGCCACUCUGCGGAGAAUACUGCGCCAGAUGGUUUUGAGAAAUUUCACAGAUUACUCAACGCAACUGGCAGGCCGAUAAUGCUUUUGUGUACUUAUCCAGCAUAUAGCUAUUGGCUUUCAAACUCUAAUUUGAUUGACUGGAAAAGAUUACAAGAUAAUUGUAAUUUGUGGCGAGUGUCGUCCAACGUACAAAACAACUGGGGAUCUAUAAUCGGUAUUAUUAAUAGAUAUAAACUUCGCAACGAUGUUUUUCCGAAAGUGGCUGGUCCCGGACAUUACAAUGAUCCCGAUGUGUUAGUCUUGGGAUACAAUGGACUUUCAAAUGAUCAAAAGCGAGUUCAGAUGGGCAUGUGGUGUAUGUUUGCUGCUCCACUACUGAUCUCAGCUGACAUGGACAAGGUGGAUCAAUUCAGUGCAUCUCUCUUACGUAACAAACAUUUGUUGGCGAUAGAUCAGGAUAAAGGUGGACAUCAGGCGGAAUUCGUGAAAACACGAAAUGAUGUACAGUUGUGGAUACGAAAAUUAGAUAAUUGUCCAAAUGGUUGGGCAAUCGCUUGCAUUUACACAAAGGCUGAUGGAGGACCAAUCAACUUCAGCACGAAUCUAGAUGAAUUCAAAUCACAGAUGUAUACAAUAUCAGGAGAUAAGUUUGAAUUACUGGAUGUAUUCACGGGUGAUAGAUUCAAAGACGUACAAUUGACAGAGAACUUUACGAUUUCCAUCAAUCCAUCUGGAAUAAUGAUGUUUCGAAUCAUUCCAUUCCAUUUGAUUACCAGCUUUCAGUAAAUUGGUGAUAGUUUUUACUAAUUGUUCGAAGCGAAUUUCGAUGUUCUGUUGAUUGUCAGAUCGAUAAGUAACUAUUCUCAGGCUAAUGGUUUUACAAUUCACACCUAAUUUGCUCAAUUAAUGUGAAAUUUAUUUUAC